GGGACGGGGGCGGAGCUAAGGCUGCUCCUGCUGUCUGGGCUUGAUGGAUGAGACGAGGGCUCCCGAUGUGUGUCUUUGAGAGCGAGGCAGCGAGACGCGAAGGCAGCGCGUGUUCCUGUGCUUAACCCUCCCGGGCCGCCGGAGCUUUUUCCUCCUGCGACCCGGACAGGAGACGAAGGCGCGAAGUGGAAGAAGCAGGAGCCGGGAUCGCCCGCCUGCCCCAGAAGGCAGCCUCUCCACGCCGCCUCGGCAAGCGCGCCGUGCGAUCAUGUGCGGGGCAGCCCCUCGCUAGCCAGCGCAGGCAGCAUGGCUCCCGUGAAGCGAGCGGCGUCGGGCAGCGUGUGGCUGCGGGCGGGAGCCUGCCUCUUGGCCUGGGCGGCCUUUUGCCGGGUCCGGGCGAGCGCCUGUCCCGCGCCGUGCGCCUGCAGCGGCACCACCGUCGACUGUCACGGGCUGGGACUCCGCAGCGUCCCCAAGAACAUCCCGAGGAGUGCAGAAAGGCUGGAGCUGAAUGGGAACAACAUCACCCGCAUCCACAAAAAUGACUUUGCUGGGCUGAAGCAGCUGCGAGUUCUGCAGCUGAUGGAAAACCAGAUCAGCGUGGUGGAGCGAGGGGUAUUCGACGACAUGAAAGAGCUGGAGCGACUACGUCUGAAUCGGAACCAGCUGCACACUUUGCCAGAGCUCCUAUUCCAGAAUAACCAAGCAUUGUCUCGGCUGGACUUGAGUGAGAACCUCCUUCUGGCUGUUCCCAGGAAGGCGUUUCGUGGAGCUACUGAUCUCAAGAACCUACAACUGGACAAGAACCACAUCAGCUGCAUUGAGGAAGGGGCCUUCCGUGCUCUCCGUGGCCUGGAAGUUUUGACUUUGAACAACAACAACAUCAGCACCAUCCCCAUCUCCAGCUUCAACCAUAUGCCCAAACUGCGCACCUUCCGCUUGCACUCCAACCAGCUCUUCUGCGAUUGCCAUUUGGGUUGGCUUUCCCAGUGGCUGCGCCAGCGGCCCACAAUUGGGCUCUUCACACAGUGUGCCGGCCCUGCUGCCCUCCGUGGCCUCAACGUUGCAGAGAUUCAGAAGAAUGAAUUCAGCUGUUCAGGCCAGAUGGAUGCUACCAGGACCCAAAUCUGCAGCUUUUCAUCAGGUUCCUGUCCCGCCAUGUGCACCUGCAGCAAUGGCAUUGUGGACUGUCGCGGCAAGGGGCUGACAGCCAUCCCUGCCAACUUGCCUGAGACCAUGACUGAGAUACGCUUAGAACUGAAUGGCAUCAAGUCUAUCCCACCUGGAGCCUUCUCAUCAUAUAAGAAGCUACGAAGGAUAGACCUGAGCAACAACCAGAUCUUGGAGAUUGCGCCUGAUGCUUUCCAAGGCCUGCGCUCACUCAACUCUCUAGUCUUGUACGGGAACAAGAUCACGGAACUGCCCAAAGGGGUAUUCGGGGGCUUGUAUGCACUGCAACUACUGCUCCUGAAUGCCAACAAGAUCAACUGCAUCCGGGCAGAUGCCUUUGCUGACCUGCAGAACCUGUCGCUGCUCUCGCUGUACGACAACAAGAUCCAGACCUUGGCCAAGGGCACCUUUGCCACCUUGCGAGCCAUCCAGACUCUCCAUCUGGCCCAGAACCCCUUUAUUUGUGACUGCAACCUGAAGUGGCUGGCAGACUUCUUGCGUGCCAAUCCUAUUGAAACAAGUGGUGCUCGCUGUGCCAGCCCCCGCCGCCUCGCCAACAAGCGCAUCGGACAGAUCAAGAGCAAGAAAUUCCGCUGCUCCCCCAAAGAACAGUAUUUCAUUCCAGGUACGGAAGAUUACCAGUUGAACAGUGAAUGUCACAGUGACGUGGUCUGCCCCCCCAAGUGCCGCUGUGAAGCCAACGUGGUCGAGUGUUCCAACCUGAAACUGACAAAGAUCCCAGAGCGCCUCCCUCAAGCCACAGCUGAACUGCGGCUGAACAACAAUGAGAUCACAGUGCUGGAGGCCACAGGCAUCUUUAAGAAGCUCCCACACUUAAAGAAAAUAAACCUGAGCAACAACAAGGUGUCAGAGAUUGAGGAUGGGGCCUUUGAAGGGGCAGCUUCUGUCAGUGAGUUACACCUGACUGUUAACCAGCUGGAGUCAGUGCGCAGCGCCAUGUUCCGGGGCCUCGAUGGGCUGCGGACCCUGAUGCUGAGGAACAACCGCAUCAACUGCAUCCACAACGACAGCUUCACGGGACUGCGCAAUGUGCGCCUCCUCUCGCUGUACGACAAUCAGAUCAGUACCAUCGCACCCGGUGCUUUUGACACGUUGCAGUCGCUUUCCACGCUGAACCUGCUGGCUAACCCCUUCAACUGCAAUUGCCGCCUGGCCUGGUUGGGCGACUGGCUUCGUAGGAGGAAGAUUGUGACUGGGAACCCCCGCUGCAAUAAUCCAGACUUCCUACGCCAAAUCCCACUGCAGGAUGUGGCCUUCCCCGACUUCAGGUGUGAGGAAGGUCAGGAGGAGACAAGCUGCUUCCCACGCCCUCAGUGUCCCCAGGAAUGCACUUGCCUAGACACUGUUGUUCGCUGCAGCAACAAGCACCUGAAAUCCCUCCCCAAAGGGAUCCCCAAGAACGUCACAGAGCUCUACUUGGAUGGCAACCAAUUCACCCUGGUUCCUGGACAGCUCUCCACCUUCCGUUACCUACAGCUGGUGGAUCUGAGCAACAACAAGAUCAGCUCUCUCAGCAACUCAUCCUUCACCAAUAUGAGCCAGCUCACCACUCUGAUCCUCAGCUACAAUGCCCUGCAGUGUAUCCCUCCCCUGGCCUUUGAGGGUCUCCGUUCGCUACGGCUGCUGUCCCUCCAUGGAAAUGAUAUUGCUACACUUCCUGAGGGGAUAUUUGCUGAUGUCAUCUCCCUAUCUCACCUAGCCAUCGGUGCCAACCCACUGCACUGUGAUUGCCACAUGCGCUGGCUCUCAGGCUGGGUCAAAACCGGCUACAAGGAGCCUGGCAUUGCCCGUUGUGCUGGCCCUGCGGAUAUGGAGGGCAAACUACUGCUCACCACUCCUGCCAAGAAGUUUGAGUGCCUAGGGCCUCCUCCCCUCAUCAUCCAGGCCAAGUGUAACCCCUGCCUCUCCAGUCCCUGUCAAAAUAGGGGCACAUGUCAGCAAGACCCUUUGGACUCCUACCGCUGCAUCUGCCCCACUGGCUACAAGGGCCAAAGCUGUGAACUGUCUGUGGAUGGAUGCUCCAGCAGGCCCUGUGAGAAUGGUGGGACCUGCCUGUCUCACGAAGGCACUGAAGCCAGCUUCACGUGUUCCUGCGUGGAUGGAUUUGAAGGUCCAACCUGCAGCCUAAGGACCAACAACUGCAACAAUAACAAUUGCAAGAACAGUGCCACAUGCAUUAAUGGACCCAGCAAUUACACCUGCUUAUGCCUUCCGUUCUUCACAGGGACUUACUGUGAGCAGCUAAUGGAUGUCUGCUCCCUGGAGCUUAGCCCCUGCCACCAUGAUGCCGUGUGCAGGGCUACCCCUGAUGGGCCCAAGUGUGAAUGCAUGCCCGGCUUUGUGGGAGAUAAUUGCAGUGUGGACUAUGAUGAUUGCCUGGACCAUCGCUGCCAGAACAACGCCAAAUGCUUUGAUGAGCCAAAUGGGUAUUCCUGCCUUUGUACUGGAGGCUACAGUGGCCAGCUCUGUGAGAUUCCACCCCAUGGCUCCCUCCAACCCAGUCCAUGCGAGAGGGCAGAAUGCCAGAAUGGUGCCAACUGUGUGGAGCUAGGCAGUCGUGCCUUAUGCCAGUGCCUUCCUGGCUUUGGGGGGCCUAAAUGCGAGAAGCUGCUGAGUGUCAACUUUGUGGACAGGGACACGUACCUCCAGUUCACUGACCUGCAAAACUGGCCCAGCGCCAACAUCACUUUGCAGGUCUCCACGGCUGAAGACAAUGGGAUCCUCUUAUAUAAUGGGGACACCGACCACAUGGCGGUGGAGCUGUACCAAGGCCAUGUGCGUGUCAGCUAUGAUCCAGGCACCUACCCCAGCUCUGCCAUUUACAGUGCAGAGACCAUCAAUGACGGGCAAUUCCACACUGUAGAGCUGGUGACCUUUGAGCGGAUGGUAAACCUCUCCAUCGAUGGAGGAGACCCCAUGACCAUGGACGGCUUUGGCAAGGCCCACACGCUGAACUCUGAGGCUCCACUCUAUGUUGGGGGGAUGCCCGUGGAUGUGAACUCUGCCGCCUUCCGCCUCUGGCAGAUCCUGAAUGGCUCCAGCUUCCAUGGCUGCAUCCGCAACCUCUACAUCAACAACGAGCUGCAGGACUUCACUAAGACGCAGAUGAAGCCGGGGGUGGUGCCCGGCUGUGAGCCUUGCCGCAAGCUCUACUGCCUGCAUGGCAUUUGCCAACCCAACACCCCUCAUGGCCCCAUUUGCCACUGUGAUUCAGGCUGGGUUGGGCCCCAUUGCGACCAGCCCAUUAGCAACCCCUGCCAGGGUCACAAGUGCGUCCAUGGAAUCUGCAUGCCCCUUGAUGCCCUCUCCUAUAGUUGCCAGUGUCAGGAUGGCUACAAGGGAGCCUUGUGCAACCAGCAAGGGGAACUCCACAACCCAUGCAAGAGCUUGCAGUGUGUUCAUGGUCAGUGCCAGAUCUCAGACACAGGCGAGGCCUUCUGUGAAUGCAACGGGGGAUUUGAUGGCGACCUCUGUGACCAAGAGUCGGAGUGUCGGGGUGAGGCCGUGCGAGACUUCCACCAGGUCCAGCGAGGCUAUGCCAUUUGCCAGACAACCCGGCCUGUCUCCUGGGUGGAGUGCCGGGGAUCAUGCCCAGGGCCAGGAUGCUGUGCAGGACUGCGCCUCAAGCGCAGGAAAUACACCUUUGAGUGCAGCGAUGGCUCUUCCUUUGUGGAGGAGGUGGAAAAACCCAGCAAAUGCGGCUGUUCCCAGUGCAUGUAGCCUCCAGCAAGGGACAGGCCAGAGCCAGAGACAAGUGGGCCAGGCCUGCCCUGACAGAGGCCUUGGGAACACCCUUGCCAUCUCCUCUUGCCCCUGUUGCUGCUUGGAAGAGGGGUGGGGGCAGGGCUCUCAGUUUGGCAACGGAGCAUCUCCUUUGGCAUGGUGACAAUGGCUCUUCUGGAUGGACCAGACAAAGGUGUAGAUAGAAGACUUUUGCUGGGGAAAUCCAGCCCAACAGAUGUAUUUAUAUCCAGCACAGACUCUAUCUGGGGCCACUACUUGUGCACAAUACGGAUUCUUAGCAAGCCUGGCCAUGCCUGUUUGUUUUGCCCAGUGUGGUGCCCUGAGAGGCCAUGUCCACAGCUCAUGCCUAGACACGGGAUCCUGCCAUUUCAUAUCUUGUCAUUUUACCUGGUGUUAUAGACCCUGCUAUCCUGCACCAUGUCUGUCUUUUUUUCUUUUCUUUUUUCUUUUGGCAGUUUUGCUUUUUCUCUUGUUGAAUACCCACCUGUUCCUAUUCCUACUGGCUGCUCAUUGCAACCUCAUCUUCUGUUUAUAGGACUAAAUUACAAGUAAUGCAGAGACAGCACCCAGGGCAAAGGCAGGAGGAUUGUGUGCUGCAGAAUUAGCAAAGAUAAAAUCCCUUAGGUUCAUGGGAAGCGUUUGUAUGAACAGUUGCCUCCUAUACCGGAUGGUUGCAAGGUAAUGGUAUUUAGAAACAGCUUAGCCUUGGAGCUGCAGUCUGAUCCUCUCAUCUAAUAGCAAAAAGGAGCCACACUUGCUCCAGGUUGAAUGAUCUACCAGCAUUAACUUACCACCACUUCCCUAAUUUUGAAAUCCUAUGCUCACUUAGCUGGGAGUAAGCACCAUUGAACACAAUGAGACUUAACUGUGUAGGAUCUUGUUGCAUGAAGGCUGGAGAGACCUUAGCUAGCAGUCUUCCUGUUGUAGCUCUGCUGGAUGGGACAGGGAGACUUUCAUGUCCCCAGUUAUAAAGCCAGCCAUCUCCAUGAUUUGAGUGCAGCAACAGGGACAGAUGAAGUUUUCUCCGGUUCUGCCUAUAUCACUGCCUUUCUACACCACAAAACCUGUCUUCUGCCCCAAUGCCAUCUGGUUUGCUGUAAUGAAAUGUCUGGAUAUUUUGAGAGUGGUGCCUGUUCUGCAACCCAACAGCUGUGAACUCGAGAAUAAUCAUUUUCAUACCCAUCAUGCUCACUUUCACCUGCCUUUUAGAACGGGAGGGGGGGAAUGAAUUGCAUGUGUCUCUUGCACUCAGUUUACUGUAGCAUUACUCUUCAUACACCAGGCCCACCCACGAAGUACCAUUGCCCUCUUGUAAUGGGUUGUGGGGUUGGGUAUAUCAGCCACCGCCUGCAAUAAAAGCUGAAGCACAGGCUUCCAAAGCAAGUGCUAUAGAUUAUUUGCCCAUCCAGGACUCAGGUGGGGUUAGGCCUGGGCCACAGCAUCAGAAGAAAAAAUAUGGCUCUUUAAGAUCUAGGCAGUUAAAUUAAACUAAGCUGACAGUACCUUCUCUUGCUAUGUUUCCAAAUCCCUGUUUGAUAGAGAGUUUUUAUGCUAGACCCUGGACAAUAGAGCUGCAAAUUGGUCAAAGACACUUUUGAUCUAACUUAUUCUUGCAGAGAAAAAGUAGUUUGCACUUAUCACCACUAGCUACUGACCAAUAAUUAGAAGUAAAACCAUUAGAGUUGCGGGGGGUGGGGUGGGGAGAAACACCAAGCCAGAUUCCUUCAAAUUCUGCAUGUGAAAAGUUAAUCUCUGAUCUAUAUGCACUAUGUUAAUUAAGCAAAUCUGAAGAUUAUUUGCAUGGUUUGCUCUGCUUCUAUUGGUUGGGAGGAGAAAAGAAAUAGCACGCAGAAGCUGCCAUGUUCCAACCACUGGAAAUGCUACUUACCCAGCCUGGGCUUUUGAGACUUCCAUCAGACAGAGACUUUAAAGUGUGUAGGAGACACUUGAAGGCUUGAAACAACUUU